CCGUCCAGCGCGGCUCCGCGCUCCUCGCAACUUACCGCCGGGCGCCGCUCCUGGGGAGCCGCCGGGCCCGCAACGCCGCCCCGGAGGCCCCGCGGAGUGUGUGUGUACUAGGACUGUCUGAACCUCACUGUAACUAAUAGCCCAUAUAUAAUUUGGAAGGAGAAAUCUUCAAUGGAAGACCCUGAGGGAAUAAAUGGGAAGUCUGUGCAGAAGUCCCAAACUAGUUCAGAUGUUGCUGUUUCCUCAAGCUGCAGGUCUAUGGAAAUGCAGGAUCUAGCCAGCCCACAUAGACGACUAAGUGGUAGUAGUGAAUCCCCCAGUGGUCCAAAACUUGAUAACUCCCAUAUAAAUAAUAAUUCCAUGACACCCAAUGGCACAGAAGGUGACAUGACCCUCCUCAGCACUGCAGACUGGUUGCUCAGCCCUAGCACACAGACCCCCGCAGUUAAAACAGAACCAAUGAACAGCAGUGAGAUUGCUACUACUACUACCACGGACGGGUCUUUAGACAAUUUCUCAGGAUCAGCAAUUGGAAGCAGUGGUUUCAGCCCAAGACAAACACACCAGUUCUCCCCGCCACAGAUUUACCCUUCCAACAGACCCUACCCACAUAUUCUUCCUACCCCGUCUUCACAAACGAUGGCAGCAUAUGGGCAGACACAGUUUACAACGGGAAUGCAACAAGCUACAGCCUACGCCACUUACCCCCAGCCCGGCCAACCCUAUGGAAUCCCUUCAUAUGGUGCAUUGUGGGCAGGCAUCAAGACAGAAGGUGGAUUGGCACAGUCACAGUCACCUGGACAGACUGGAUUUCUAAGCUACGGUGCCAGCUUUAGCACACCUCAACCUGGACAGGCUCCCUAUAGCUACCAGAUGCAAGGCAGCAGUUUUACAACAUCAUCAGGAAUAUAUGCAGGAAAUAAUUCCCUCACAAAUUCUACUGGAUUUAAUAGUUCACAGCAGGAAUAUCCCUCUUAUCCCAGUUUUGGCCAGGGCCAAUAUGCACAGUAUUAUAAUAGCUCACCAUAUCCUUCCCAUUACAUGACAAACACCAACACCAGCCCUACGACACCCUCCACAAACGCAACAUACCAGCUUCAGGAACCACCAUCUGGCAUCACCAGUCAAGCAGUUACAGAUCCUGCAGCAGAAUACAGUACAAUCCACAGUCCAUCAACCCCCAUUAAAGAUUCAGAUUCAGAUAGAUUGCGUCGUAGUUCAGAUGGGAAAUCACGUGGACGAGGCAGAAGAAACAAUAACCCUUCACCACCACCUGACUCUGAUCUAGAGAGAGUAUUCAUUUGGGAUUUGGAUGAGACAAUCAUCAUUUUCCAUUCCUUGCUUACAGGGUCCUAUGCAAACAGAUACGGAAGGGAUCCACCCACUUCUGUGUCCCUUGGACUCCGAAUGGAAGAGAUGAUUUUCAAUUUGGCUGACACACAUCUAUUCUUUAAUGAUUUAGAAGAAUGCGACCAGGUUCACAUUGAUGACGUGUCCUCAGAUGACAACGGUCAAGAUUUAAGCACCUAUAACUUCGGAACAGACGGCUUUCCUGCGGCUGCCACCAGCGCGAAUUUGUGCCUGGCGACAGGGGUGCGCGGAGGAGUGGACUGGAUGCGAAAACUGGCCUUCCGCUACAGACGAGUAAAAGAGAUAUAUAACACCUACAAAAAUAACGUUGGAGGUCUUCUUGGUCCAGCAAAAAGAGAGGCUUGGUUACAACUAAGAGCAGAAAUUGAAGCUUUGACAGAUUCUUGGUUAACACUUGCACUGAAAGCACUCACCCUCAUUCAUUCGAGGACAAACUGUGUGAACAUUCUUGUAACAACUACUCAGCUAAUUCCAGCUCUGGCAAAAGUCUUGUUGUAUGGACUAGGGGUAGUAUUUCCCAUAGAGAAUAUUUACAGUGCAACUAAAAUAGGAAAGGAAAGCUGUUUUGAGCGAAUAAUUCAAAGAUUUGGAAGGAAAGUAGUGUAUGUUGUUAUAGGGGAUGGUGUCGAAGAAGAACAAGGUGCAAAAAAGCAUGCUAUGCCAUUUUGGAGGAUUUCGAGCCACUCUGACCUUAUGGCCCUUCACCAUGCCUUGGAACUGGAGUACUUGUAGCAGCUCAGCAGCACUUUCAAACCUCAGAGCCUCCUUCUGCCCGUGGAUGGGAUGCCUGUGUCUUGUGUCAGAAUUGGACUACAGAACUGAGUGAUUUCAACAUGUUGACGUACAGCUGCAAUUGGUCUUAACCCUUGCCCUUUCAGUAAAUGGAGGAGCAUGUCUUUUUCUUCAGAACAGCUGUUGGCUCUGGCACUGCGAGUCCAACGAAAAUAAGCCAUGCGAGUGUUUGAACAACUCACCUUUACCGUAUUGCUACCAAAAAGGAAUAGAGAAGGAAAAAG